AUGCUCCCUGCCGGCUCCCUGUGUUCCCCGGUGCUCGCCACCGGCCUUCACUCCCAGUACUCCCCAGUGCUCCCUGCCGGCUCCCUGUGUUCCCCGGUGCUCGCCACCGGCCUCCAGUGCUCCCUGGCGGCUCCCUGGGUUCCUUGCGCCCUGUGUUCCUUGAUGCUCCCCACCAGCUCCCAGUACUCCCCAAUGCUCCCUGCCGGCUCCCUGUGUUCCCCGGUGCUCGCCACCGGCCCUCAGUGCUCCCUGGAGGCUCCCUGUGCACCUUGGUGCUCCCCACCAGCUCUCAGUGCCCCCUUUCAGCUCCCUGUGUUCCCCGAUGCUCCCCACCAGCUCCUAGUGCUCCCCAAUGAUCCCUUCCGGUUCCCUGUACUCCCUUCCGGCUCCCUCUGUUCCCUGGUGCUCCCCAAUGCUCCCUUCCAGCUCCCUGUGUUCCCUGUGCUCCCUUUCAGCUCCCAGUGUUCCGCGGUGCUCCUCACCAGCUCCCAGUGUUCCCCGCCCCUCCCCGUGCUCCUCAGUGCUCCCUUUCAGCUCCCGGUGUUCCCCGAUGCUCCCUACCGGCCCCCAAUGCUCCCUGCUGACUCCCUGUGUUCUCCAGUGCUCCCUUCCGGCUCCCUGUGUUCCCUGCUCCCUGUGUUCCCUGGUGCUCCCCACCAGCCCCCCUCGUGCUCCGUGGUGCUCCCUUUCACUCCCACUGUUCCCCAGUGCUCCCCACCGGCCUGCAGUGCUCCCUUCCGACUCCCCGUGUUCUCCAGUGCUUCCUUCCGGCCUCCUCUGUGCCCUGGUGCUCCCCACCGGCCCCUCCUCGUGCCCCUCCGUGCUCCCUUUCAGCUCCCUGUGUUCCCCGGUGCUGCCCCGGCGAGGGGCCAGUCGGGGUGCCUGGCGUCGGUGUCACCCAGAGCCGAGCUGCCUUCUUCCUUCCCUCCUCCUCCAGGCGGGCCGCCCCCCCGCACCCACCUCGACCACCCCGGUCCGGGCUUGGACCACCGCUACCCGCCCCCGAGGGGGCCGGAGGAGCGGGCCUCAGCCUGGGGGGGCCCCCCGGGGGCCCCCCAACACCUCCAGGGCCGCCCCGCGGACCGGGGGCCACUGAGCCCCAGGACCAUCGAUGCUGAAAUCGACUCUCUGACCAGCGUCCUGGCCGAGCUGGACAGCGGCCGAGGCCAGGCCACCCCCCGUAGGCCGGACGCUCAGGUCUACGAGCCCCCUCGGCCCCCCGCCUACCGGCCGGGCCCCCCCAAAUCGGUCGGGGGAAGCCACCCCGGGCCCCGGGCCCCGGCCCCGCCGUACGGCGGCCUCACCCCGGCUUCCUACGCCACGGCCAGCACGCCAGCUGGCCCGGCCUUCCCCGUCCAGGUGAAGGUAGCCCAGCCGGUCCGGGGGUACGGCCAGCCCAGGCGGGGGGCUCAGCAGGCCUACGGAGCCCCCCAGCCACCCCCCGCCGGCCGGGCCGAGGCCUGGGAAGCCGCCGCCGCCGCCGCGUACAGGGGCCGGGCGGAGCCGGGGGGGAAGGAGGAGCGUCCCAGGGGCGCUCAUCACACCGGAGGAGGAGCGGGAGGCGGCGGCGGCUACCUACCUAAGGCCCCCCCAAGCCGACCCCCGGAGGAGGAGGUGGAGAGGCUCACGAAGAAGCUCAUCCUUGACAUGAACAACCCACCGUCCAGCGGGGAAUAUUUUGGGCGCUGCGGGGGCUGCGGGGAGGACGUGGUGGGCGACGGGGCCGGGGUCGUGGCCCUGGAUCGCGUCUUCCACGUGGGCUGCUUCGUCUGUGCCACCUGCCGCGCCCGGCUGCGGGGACAACACUUCUACGCCGUGGAGCGGAGGGCCUUCUGCGAGGACUGCUACCUGGUGACCCUGGAGAAGUGUGCUAUGUGCUCCCAGCCCAUCCUGGACCGGAUCCUGCGGGCCAUGGGCAAAGCCUACCACCCGGCCUGCUUCACGUGCGUCGUCUGCCACCGCGGGCUGGACGGGGUGCCCUUCACCGUCGACGCCACCAGCCAGAUCCACUGCAUCGACGACUUCCACCGGAAAUUCGCCCCUCGCUGCUCCGUGUGUGGCGGUGCCAUCAUGCCCGAGCCCGGGCAGGAGGAAACGGUGCGCAUCGUGGCCCUCGACCGCAGCUUCCACGUGGGCUGUUACAAGUGCGAGGAAUGCGGGCUGCUGCUGUCGGCGGAGGGCGAGUGCCAGGGCUGCUACCCGCUGGACGGCCACAUCCUGUGCAAGGCCUGCAGCGCCUGGCGCAUCCAGGAGCUCUCGGCCACCAUCACCACCGACUGCUGAGCCCGCCGCCGCCGGGACCCCCCGGCCCGGAGGCGGGCCCGGGGGCUGGGGGUGGGUCUCUGACCAUUGUAAGAGAUGCCCCCUCUCCCCUACCUCCCCUCUUCCCCUUCCGCACCCACCCCCUCCUCAUCUCAUCCUCCCUUUCGGCCGCCCCCUUCUUCCAUACACUCCUUCAGUGGUGCUGUGGUGGGGUGACCCCCUCCCCCCAAAAAAAGCAAUCCCUGCCUCCCUAGUAAUGCCCCCCCACUAUCUCCAGCACCCCCCUUUUAGCUGGGGUGGGGGAGGAGGAUGAUAUGACCCUGCAGGCAGGGCCAACCUGUCCCACCCCCACCCCCAGUAGAUAGGAGGGCAGGACCCCCCCCCCCCCAUAUACACACACACACACACACAACCAGGGUGAUGGCAAUGAUGGGUGGGGGGCGCUGGGGUAUUUUUUUAGGUCAAUUUUUUAAGCAAAGGGGCUAUUUUAUAUAACGGGGCGGGAGGCUGGGUGUCACCGUGCUCAUGGGUGUGGGGGCGGGCCUCAAUAAAGACAUUUUGCGGUU